AUGCGAAACCUUUUCUUUGAAAAGGUGUUCUUUGCCUGUAACUCAGAUAACAACAUGAUCGCUAUGCCUAUCUUAAACGUCAAGAAACUCAAGGAAACGUCUGUAGCCGCCAGCUACUUCAUCAAGAAUCUACCCGUCACGCCAUCAAAACAGAAGCAAGGCCAAGACUUCCAGACAAACCCCCAUCGCAUGGCCAACGCUAGUGCAUACUUGAACAUCUCAUUUAAGGCAAACUCUCAAGGCAAGGAUUUUAAGACUUGCUGGAAGGAUGAGGGUGGCCUCACUGUAAGCGCCGAGUGUGUCAGGUUUAAAGAUAGAUACACAAUGGCAAAGGCCAUUGAGGCUGCCAUUGUGAACUGGGAUAUGUGCGAGAGAACCCGCGUCGACGAGUACAACUCCGAGCUUAUCAUUUCCCUUGCAUGA